GAAACGAUGGGCCAGCAAGCUAAGACCAUGAGAUCUCAGGUGAAGAAGACCACUAUCAGGGACAAGUUGAAGCAAUCCCAAAACUUCCUACAAAAGCUGCGGUUCCUUGCAGAUGAGCCUCAGCACAGCAUUCCUGAGAUCUUCAUCUGGAUGAUGAGCAACGGCAAGCGCAUAGCCUAUGCCCGCAUCCCCUCCAAGGACAUCCUCUACUCCAUUGUUGAUGAGGAAACAGGCAAAGACUGUGGAAAACUGAAGACGGUUUUCCUCAAG